ACGUAAAAUUGUAGUUCUUUGGAGGUUACGUUCGCAGUGAAUCGGUUCCGUUUGUCGGCUGCAAAGAUCGUGUGUCCCGAGCGCUAGGGCUUCACGCGAGGUUCGGGGAUUAAAUACGACCCGUAGGCCGUACGAAAAAGAAACGACAUUCAAGUGCCUUUUUGUUGUUGUACCGAGCGAGUGCAAGAGCUACUACCUCAGUGCCUACUAUAAUAUUGUUUACAGGAAACAUUAGUGACAUAUGUGUCGGAAAAGCUGCGACGCUGAGGGGGAGUGGGGAGACGACCACCAGUGAUCUCUCAAACGUUAGGUAAAGAAAGCAAGUUGAUUUGAGACAACCACAAAUGUUUGAAGGUGGCGUUCACAAAUUGAAGGGCGUAGAAGGAGGACAGGGAAGGAGGUAGAGUUAUGCGCUGCUGUGUACGGAGCUCCGGGGCCCUGUCCCCUGCCCUGCUCCGUCAAGUCGUCUCUAAUUCUGGAUGUUGGGGGGCGGUACCGGGUCGACAUGUCCUGUGGCUCUCUCCAAGGAACCUGGGCACGGCUGGAGAACCGCACGUCACCCCUCUACCCAGCCAGGCCCGUGUAGUGAUCUGUGGUGGGGGGAUCGUGGGGACCUCAGUGGCCUACCACCUCGCCAAGCUUGGCUGGACGGAGAUAGUACUGCUGGAGCAGGGAAGGCUUGGCGCGGGCACGACUCGGCUGUGCGCGGGUAUCAUCAGCGUGGCCAAGUCCAUCUCCAUCGAGAGCAAGAUGGCCGAUUACUCCAACUCCCUGUAUGAGCGCCUGGAGGAGGAGACUGGCGUCAAGACAGGUUAUGUGAAGACUGGCUCUCUGUGUCUGGCCCAGAAUCAAGACCGCUUCCUCUCCCUAAAACGCCUGGCCUCCCGCCUCAAAGUGCUGGGCAUCACCUGCAACGUGAUCAAGCCCAAAGAGGUGGCCAGGCUGCACCCGCUGGUGAACAUCCACGACCUGGCGGGGGCGCUGCAUCUCCCCGGCGACGCCAUGGUGUCGCCGCCGGACGUGAACCACGCCCUGGCUGUGGCAGCCGCCAGUCACGGGGUGCAGAUCCAUGAGCGCACGACUGUCAAUCACGUGCUGGUGGACCAGGGCUGCGUUACGGCUGUGGAGACGGAUCGGGGCCCCAUCGACUGCCAGUACUUCAUCAACUGCGCUGGGCAGUGGGCGUACGAGCUGGGCCAGGCCAGUGAAGUGAAGAUCUCUGUGCCCCUUCACGGCUGUGAGCAUUUCUACCUCCUCACCAAGCCCCUGCAGCAGCCCCUACCAGCCAGCACUCCAGUGGUGAUGGACAUGGACGGCAGGAUCUACGUGCGAGCCUGGCAGGGCGGUGUCCUGUCUGGGGGUUUUGAGAAGAACCCCAAACCCAUCUUCACGGAGGGCCGGAACCAGCUGGAGAUCCAGAACAUGCAGGAGGACUGGGACCACUUCGAGCCCAUGCUCAGUGCCCUCCUGCGCCGCAUGCCCAGCCUGGAGUCCUGCGAGAUCCAGCAGCUGGUGAACUGCCCCGAGUCCUUCACCCCCGACAUGCGCUGCCUCAUGGGGGAGACGCCCGGCGUCAGCGGCUACUUCGUCCUGGCCGGGAUGAACUCCUCCGGGCUCUCCUUCGCUGGGGGUGCCGGAAAGUAUCUGGCCGAGUGGAUGACCUUCGGCUACCCCUCGGGGAACGUGUGGCCCCUGGAAAUCAAGCGCUUUGGCAACCUGCAGAGCAGCCGAACGUUCCUGCGCCACCGCGUCAUGGAGGUCAUGCCCCUGCUGUAUGAGCUGAAAGUGCCGCGCUGGGACUUCCAGACUGGCCGGCAGCUGCGCACGAGCCCCCUCUACGACCGGCUGGACACGCAGGGCGCUCGCUGGAUGGAGAAGCACGGCUUCGAGAGGGCCAAGUACUUUGUCCCGCACGGAAAGGAUCUUCUGGCUCUGGAUCAGAGUAAAACCUUCUACAAGCCUGACUGGUUUGAUAUUGUGGGCUCUGAGGUGAAGUGCUGCAAGGAGGCGGUGUGCAUCAUUGACAUGUCCUCCUUCACCAAGUUCGAGCUGAGCUCCACAGGGGACCAGGCCCUGGAGCUGCUGCAGCUCCUGUGCUCCAACGACCUGGACGUGCCGGUGGGGUCCAUCGUGCACACGGGCAUGCUGAACGAGAGGGGGGGCUACGAGAACGACUGCAGCGUCGUCCGCAUCAGCAAGAACAGCUUCUUCAUCAUUUCUCCGACGGACCAGCAAGUGCACUGCUGGGCCUGGAUAAAGAAGCACAUGCCCAACGACCCCCACCUGCACCUGGAGGACGUCAGCUGGAAGUACACAGCGCUGAAUCUGAUUGGCCCGCGGGCGAUGGACGUGCUCUCUGAGCUCUCGUACGUCUCCAUGACCCCAGAACACUUUCCCUCUCUCUUCUGUAAGGAAAUGAGCGUGGGGUACGCCAAUGGGAUCCGGGUCAUGAGCAUGACGCACACGGGGGAGCCAGGCUUCAUGCUCUACGUCCCCAUCGAGUACGCACUGCACGUAUACAACGAGGUGAUGUCCGUGGGACAGAAGUACGGCAUCCGAAACGCGGGGUACUACGCCCUGCGCAGCCUGCGCAUCGAGAAGUUCUUCGCCUUCUGGGGGCAGGACCUGGACACCUUCACCACCCCUCUGGAAUGUGGGCGGGAGUUCAGGGUCAAAUUUGACAAGGACACUAACUUCAUAGGGCGCGAGGCCCUGCUGCGGCAGCGCCAGGAGGGGGUCCCGCGGCGCUUCAUCAUGCUGGUGCUGGAGGACCACGACACGGAGCUGGACCUGUGGCCCUGGUGGGGCGAGCCGGUGUACCGCAACGGGGAGCUGGUGGGCGUGACCACCAGCAGCGCCUUCAGCUACACGCUGGAGCGCCACGUGUGCCUGGGCUUCGUCUCGCCGCCCGGCGCGCCCGGGGCGCCCGCCGUGGUCACGCCCGACUUCAUCACGCGCGGGGACUACGAGGUGGACAUCGCCGGCCAGCGCUACCCGGCCAAGGCCAAGCUCUACCCCUUCAGCUCGCUCUUCACCCAGCAGCGCCGCCGCAAGGACGACAUGGAGCUCAGCAACUUCCAGGGCAAGUGAGGCCCCCCGGGGUGAG